CUUCUCCUUUGAACCUUCCCCUCAUUCACCCAAUCCCCAUCCCGCUCCUCUUCUUUUCUUCUCUUCUUAACUCCCACCUCAUCUACCUUCCUGCUCAACUUUCUUUCCUCCCACACGACUCCCACUUUUUCAUAAGCCCUAGUCCCUGUUCAAUCUUUCUCAUCAGACCAUUCCAAGGGAUCAGUAAAUCAUCAUCUCACAGUGAUACGAUGGUCACAAACAUGCGGAUGGACUUUGAGUCGUCUGGAGCUCAAGAAUGGAAACUACCUGGAUAUGGGAAGCUGGGUGCCAAAUCCACGCCAGCAAAAGCUGAUACCAGACUUCCUCAAUCUCGAGAGUCAGCUCCCAAGAACCUCUCUCAAAACCAGCCUUUGAGACAAGCGAUCCCUAGUGCCCCAGCAAACAGAGGAACCACCCCCAGCACUCCAAAUCAAUUCAGAGGCACCACACGGCUGCUUAGAGCACGUGGAACCUUUCGUGGUAAAAUUGGUUACUCGCAUACGGCCUCUCCUCAGCCGAAUCUUUUCAAGGACUCUCCUGCAAAGUCCAAAUGGAGAAGCGGACUUGAGCCUACAGAUCUUAUAAACCUACCCGCACCUUUUGGAACGUUCAAGAAUGAAUUCUCCGGCGUCGCAAGGUCUGACGCUUCAAUCAGAAAGCCCCCGGCGCUGCAAGGCCGUCACGAAGUCUUUGACGAGAUUUGUCGACGAACCGGGGCUUUUAUGAAACCACCUUCGUAUAGCGAUACUGUCAUUCACCUAUGGGGCGAGCCGUCGCAGGUUUCAGCGGCGAAGGAUAUCAUUCAGAGCAUAGUCUCAAAGUGCAAUCACUCACAGAAGAAGAAGAUAGAGUGGAGCAAGAUCAAGGCACACAUGGUUAAUAAGGAGGUUGGAAUUGAACUCAUGGAGAGACAAGAUGCCGCGUGCCAGGCACUGCGUAAGGCGCCCGAUUCCUUCUCAGCAUUCCCGGAGCAGAUGCUUUUUCUAUGGCCCAAGGAUGGACCUUCACUUCAUGAUUCUCUCGGUCCGCAGCUCGAGGCUCUUGACUACAUACGGGCCAAGUUCAACUGCUACGUAUUCGUCCCAAAGGAUCUGCCAGAUCACAUUUGUGCCUUAGGGCAUGACCUGGAAGUUAUGAAACAAAUCGUCCGUCUCCUCAGGACGAAGUGGACCGAGAUCGUUGCAAACUCGAGUAUGAAAACGAAGCUCUACAUUGUUGAGCCGCCAAGUGCUAUGAAGACUAAGAUCAUCGUUAAGAAGGAUACGCGCUUCGCAAAGGCGCUACUCCGUGGAACUUCACUCAAAGGCCCCGAGGUGGAGGGGUGGCAGAAUCUCGCGAAUUUAAUUGAGUCGAAGAAUAAUGCCCGCAUUCUGAGCGCGGUUGAGAGAUGUCUCAAGGGUGUGGUUGCCAUACGUGGACACCUGCGUAUGCGUGUGAAUCUCGGUUCGUUCGUGCUUGAUGAGUACCGCGUCCCAGCAGACGAUAAAUUGGUCUACGGCUUCGAAGAGUUUCGAGAGAUGCUAUUGCAUGAGCAGACAAAGGGACGCCUGGUUCCAGGCUUGAAAGUUCAUAAAGACGAACUCCUUGCUAAAUGCUACAAGGCUAUCACACUGCUACAGCCGUGUAACAACACUUCUGCGUCGCUGAAAGACGCUGAGCCUGCUUUCUCGGUGAAUUUUGAGUUUCUGGGUGUCAACAACUCCAUGCUUCGACUGGAGGCAGAGUUCGCUAGAAGUCCUGGUGCGACUGACUACGAGAUCACCCAACGGAGAUGGCUGAAGCCCCGUCAGAGUGGCCAAUCCAACGACAAACGUCCACCGCUGCAGGUAGGCGUUAUUGACUUUGAAAGGUCGGACUGGCAGCUCGAAGUAAAGUCCCUAGAGUUCUACGAAACUUCAUCUAUCGAUGCUGCCUUGCGGGAAUUUUCACAUACGAUCAAGUUCCGAAGGACUCCUCACAUGGACGAUAUCUCGGCCACACCGGAAAGGAAGGUGACGUUUUCUGCGUCGGCGCCUGUGGCCAGAUUCAUCGAGAAAUCCGCCGUUCGUUAUCGGCUCAAGGGCACAAACUACAUCCUAGAGAUCGCCCGCUACGAUGAAUACUGCCGCGCCAACUUGCCAGCAGUCCCGGGUCUGCUUGCCACCUACAUGGGGCCAUUUACUCCGGUGCCCAAUACCUCUUGGGGGGCGUCCUUGUUCGACCCUCAUUGGGAUAACCUCUUGGGUGAGCAUGCCAACCUGCCCAUUGGGCAGUCGGCAAAGUAUCACCCAAACACGAACACAUUCUUCCCACCCCGGGGGGGCUCGGGUGACGGGGAGAAGUGCCGAGGGUUUUGGGAGUUCGCCACCAUGGUGAAGCAAGUGGCGGAGCUGAUGGGUCCUGGACGGGCCCUGCCAGGAGACAAGGCUCCGGCCGGGCCGUCGUUGGAAGGCAAGCGAACAAGCCAGGGCUCGUCCAGCGACUCAUCGCCGGUGAUCGGCACAACCGAUCUCGGUGGGCUCCUGAACGCAGACCUCGGGACCCUGUUCUAGGGCCGGGGCUACGGGGUGCUCUUUCUUUAUUUCAAGUUUGUUCUUUCAGCUCCAAAUUGCCAGCUUGAUUCGGUCUCCAGAUUGUGGUUGUUCAGGCCAGUUCAUGUGUUUUGAAAGCCAGAUGCAGAGUAGUCUUAAUGAUGAAUCUGGGCGAGGGCCUGCCCUUUGUGACCUGCGGUCAGCCCUAGAUUAG